UGCACUGGGCAGAUCUUACGCGCCGCACCCAAACAAGAGCCGGCCACAAGUUACUCUCUCCUCGAGGCGAACGUCUACACUGAGCGAAUCUUGUCCAUUAAACUAUCGUUAAUCGAAAAACAGUGCAGCGAUUAUGCAUGAUGACUAGAGUUGAAUGCAUUUUGUAGCUGAAAACAAUUGCCAGUUGUCUUUUUGACUAGUUAAGAAGGUUAUUUUUCUAAAUUACGAAAACAAUGGAAAACUUGAUGAAAACUAAUGCUUUGACAUGGUUUGCAUUAGGAAAUUUUCUUAUUUAUUGCUGUCUUUUGAAUAUUGAAGUUGAGAGUGUAGACCAGACUGGAUUUAAACCUCAACAAAACCAAAUUGGAAUUGAAAGGUUCUCUCAAGAUGAGCUGCAUGGACAGAAGGAAAUUCUACCCCUGCCUAAUUUACCAGCAGUGAAUGACAAAUCAUUAAAUGGGGGAUUGCCUAUAGGACUCAGAAAGCCAACAGUGCCUCAAUUGACAGAAGAUCAAGAAUGUAAUCAAGAAUUCAGAAAUCUUUGUGGAAAAGAAGUAGUUGACAACUUUAGUUUGCUGAUGUGCAUUCAGAAUAAGGGGAGAAGUGAGAGCAAUCUUCUAAGCCAAAAAUGUCACCAUCUCUUGUGGUCCUAUAAAAUGAACAUGACUGUUUCUGGCCGUGUGGAGAAGGUUGUGCAAGACUUGUGUGCUUCAGAGCUCAGUCGAGUGGAAAUCCCAUGCAAGAGUUCCUCUGUUCCUGGUCACGUUCUCACAUGCCUCACUGAACACCUCAAUGACUUACAAGAUGAAAAAUGCCAUCAGUAUCUGAUCAAAAUAGCUGCUAUCAUCUUCAGUGACUACCGGCUAGUGAGCCACAUGACGGAGAGCUGUAGCCAAGACAUAGAACAGCAGCAGUGUGGCAGACUACAGCCUCUUGUUGAGCCUUCGUCUCACUCACAGGGCUUUGUUAUCGAGUGCCUUAGUAGGAAUGCUGAUAAAUUGUCAACUGAAUGCCACCAGCAAAUUCUCAGACUGGCGGAACUUCAAGCUGAUGACUUUCAUUUGGAUCGCCCUCUUUAUUUCGCCUGCCGCGACGACAGAGAAAACUUUUGCCGCAACGUGCGAGCGGGGCAUGGUCGCGUGUACAAGUGCCUCAUGAAGCACAAGCUGGAGCGAACCAUGAGCAAAGAGUGCGCGGAGCAGCUGAGCAACCGUCAGCGUCUGAUCCAAGAAGACUACCAAGUGUCCAAGGGGCUCGCCAAGGCCUGCCGCGCGUCCAUCCAGAGCCUCGACUGUCGGCAGAAGGUCAGGGAGGGACUGGGGCACUCCGUGAAGCUCUCAGCCAUCCUGCUGUGUCUUGAGGGCGGACUCAGGAAAGGUGAGAGUAUUGACACAACGUGCCAGGAAGAGAUGCUGAACCACCGCCGCAUGCUGCUAGAAGACUACCAACUCACGCCCGACCUCGUGGUGGCCUGCAAGACGGAGCUCAAGCGCUUCUGUGGCGGAGGUCUCGUACUUAAAUUCUGUCCAGUGGCCUGCAAGACGGAGCUCAAGCGCUUCUGUGGCGGAGGCAAGGAGCUGGGCGGCCGCACCCUGCACUGCCUCAUGAAGCACGCGCGCCAGCGACCUAAGGUCACCAGGGAGGGUCUUGAGGCCACGCCGGUGUCGCCCCAGUGCCGCAGGCAGGUGGAGGACGCAGUGAAGGUGAGCGAUGCUGGAGAAGACUGGCGCAUUGACCCUGUCCUACACGAGGCUUGCCAGCCUGUGGUGGAGAGGGCGUGUCCUACGCUGCUCGGUGGACAAGCCAGAGUGAUGCGCUGCUUGAUCCGCCAUCUGGGGACGCCCAUCAUGACGGGCCAGUGCGAGACAGCGCUGCUGGAGAUCCAGUAUUUCGUGGCUCGUGACUGGAAGCUGGACCCGCAGCUUUACUCCGCCUGCUACGACGACUCGGUCAACAAAUGUCAUGCCAAAACUACCUGGGCGACUCAGGGGCAAGACACGGACCCUGAGAGAGGCGUCUUAGUGCUGCCAUGCCUGUUCAGGCACAUUUAUCACCCUGACCCCAAGCACAAGAUCAGCGACGCGUGCAGCGAGGAGGUGCGGCGCGUGAUGCACGAGCGCUCAGCGUACGUAGACCUGCAUCCUGAGAUCGAGGCGUCGUGCAUGCCUCACCUGGCGACCCUCUGCUCCCAGCGCACCCAGCCUGGCGAGGAGCUGCUGUGUCUGCAGGAGAACCUCGAAAGGUGCGUUCUGUUCACGUACGAACUGCUUAUGGUAUGCGCGGCCGAGUCUCGGCAGGGCAGCAGUGGGCCUGAAGGCUCUGUCAUGGAGUGCCUCGUGCGCAACAAGAACAACCCCGUCGUCAGGGAGAACAACAAGUGCAGGGCUGUCAUCGAGAGCUUCCAGGUUGUGUCUCUGAAGGAGGUCUCGUUCAGUCCCAAAUUCAAGCGCGAAUGUCACAGCAACGUCGCUAAAUUCUGCAGUAAUUCUAAGAGCAAGAAGGAGGUCGUGGAUUGCCUCAGCAAGCAUGUCCGCGACGAAAUUCUACGCGACGAUCGACCACAGAUAUCAGGUGGCUGCCGUGCCCAGCUGCGCAACCUGCUGCUGCAGCGACACUCGACCUUAGCGCUGGACCCUGAGCUGCAGGGCAUGUGCGGCUUAGAUAUCAAACUCCACUGCGCCGACGUUCCUCUCAACGUGCCUGGAGCUAAAUACAAGGACGAGCCGAUGUUUGACAGUCAGUGCCGACGCGUGGUGGUGGGGCGGAUGGUGGAGCAGAACAGCGACGCGAGACUCAACCCUGCGCUGCUGCACGCCUGCGACCAGAUGAUCAAACUGCGCUGCCCUAACGUCAACCUGCCCGACGUGCUGACCUAUGAUGACAGUCAGUGCCGACGCGUGGUGGUGGGGCGGAUGGUGGAGCAGAACAGCGACGCGAGACUCAACCCUGCGCUGCUACACGCCUGCAAUGUCGACAUCCCCCGCCACUGCUCCAAGAUCUUCCAGGAGAUGAAGAGCUCCAAGACUGAGUUCAACGGCAAGCUCGUUGCAUGCCUUCAGAGCGCUCUGGCGCACCAGUCGCUGACCCCGGCGUGCGCGGGGCAGGUGGUGCAACGCACCAGGGAGGCUGCACUCAACUACAAGAUGGAUGCUCAGCUCGCUGAUGCUUGCGGCGAAGAGGUAAAGAUGCUGUGCCACAAUGAGGCUGCUGAAGAAGAAGCAGGAGUGGCUGGCGCCGUGGAGGAGUGCCUCAAGCUGGCGCUGGAGCAGAACAGACUUGAGGUGCCCGCGUGUAAGCAGCACAUUGCUGACAUCAUCGAGAGUCAGCACAUUGACAUCCAUGCUGAUCCUCUCCUACAUGAGACCUGCGGCGUCGAUGACGUCAAGUUUUGUGCUGACCAGGAGAACGGCAAGCAUUUGUCGUGCUUGUUCGAGGUACUGGAUCGGAACCAUGCCGGUCUAGAGCGAGCGUGUCGAGAGAUGCUGUUCACGAGGCGUAAGCUCUUCCAGCAAGCUAUGAGGAGACAUGAUAUGCCCUGCUACAUCUCUCAUCUCAGAGACAUGAUAUGCCCUGCUGCAUCUCCCAUCUUAGAGACAUGA